AUGUUUGUUCUUGUAUAUGUUGAUGAUAUUGUUGUCACGGGUAGCGAUAGUGACUUAGCUGAGGAUGUUGUUCAGCUGGGUUCAGAAUUUUCUUUGAUAGAUCUUGGUGAGUUGAACUUCUUUCUCGGUCUUGAGAUUGAACGAUGUGAAAGUGCGUUGUUCUUAACACAACGCAAAUAUGUUAGGGAACUAUUAGAGAAGGCGGGUAUGGUUGAUGCCCGGUCAGCUCCUACUCCAAUGGUCUCUACACCUAAGCUUACUCAUGAUGCUGGAUGUCCGCUUGAUGAAAGAGCUUUAUACGAUCUCAUGCAGUUGGCAUAUACAUGCAUACGUGUAGGGAGUCCUACAUUUAUGUGA